CCUUCCGUUCGAGACGGUAUCUCUACCCAGUCCAGAGCCUCGCAUUUACCUCUGGCCAAAUCAAAUUGGGCGCUUCCUCUCGAAAGGGGCCCAUUCCUGGCAGUCCAUGUUACGUGCGGCAUAACAUUCACGUUCGGUGGUCUAGGCGUGGAGCCUCAUACCACACAGGUCAUGUCAGCCGUCACUGAGAAGCCUGUUCCGGGCCUCUUCUGCUGUGGUGAGAUGUUGGGCGGCUUGUUUUUUGAAAACUAUCAUGGCGGUAGCGGUUCGACUGCUGGUACAGUUUUCGGAAGAAGAGCCGGCUUGUAUGCAGCUGAGGCGGCCUCAAUAGCUUUG